AAAACACUGUUUAAAGUAUUGAAAAGCUGAUUGUUAUAUUAAAAUAUUUAGAUGGGCUUUACAGGAGUAAAACGUAUGAAAUUACAAAAAAAGUACAAAAUGAGAAAAUAAAUUGAAAAAUAGAUGUAAGCAAACAACGACAUUUCUACCCAAUGAAGAUUACAAGAAAAAUAAUAUGUAUAUAAUAAUAAUAAUGUAGUCAAUAAAAAUCCGUUGAUUAUGUCCCUGGGAUUCCCAAAAUAUACAAUUAAUGAAGUAAUGAUUUAUGAAUGACCAUUUAAAACCAGAUUAAAACAUAUUAAAUUGGAACAUGUAAACAAUAAUUCGCUUUUAAAAACAUUGCAAAAUUAGAAAGGACUAAAAUAAAAAAAGAUUUAAACAUAGAGAGAUAAUUUGUUUUUAAAAUCUUUUAGGUCGUAAAGUAUUCAUUUUAAAAGAUUACUAAAAACAUACUAUUUUGAAAAUAUUUGAAAUUCAACAGUUGUUUAAAACUACGCCGUUGUACGUGGAGAUCUUGUUUUGAAAGGGUAAAAAAACACCGGAUGUUUUACUUUGUAAACACGUGUGAACGUGCACAGUUAAACAGUUAGUGGUCGUCGAGUUCCUGUUCUCACCUGUUGUGGCUGAAUUAAUUAAUACUACGAACCCUUUUCACAGCAAAAGCGCUAUACACACAACGACAUUAUUAAUAUACUUUAAAUAUUUCAACGUGCGAAAGUUAAAUACACGCAAAUCUAAUGGCCUGUAGGAGGAGAAGACAACACUCAUUUGGAGGUCGCUGUGAAAGACGUACACCAAAUAAUGUGGACAAACUUGCUUUCAAAUACAUGUAUGGACUAUAGUGACCUGUGCUUUCUGUCAGGAGAUGUGUAAAGUGGAGUCCAGCACUGACAGUGACUCGGGGACCAGUCCCAGAUGGUCAGACACCAGCACAAUGGGCUGUGUGAGCAGUGCACCAGAGUGUGGGACCUUACAUCGGAUGGCAGCCCAGAGGCCUGCAGUGAGGCCUGCAGUGAGGCCUGGCUGUUCUUCAUUGUGUUUGGACCCAUAUGACGGCAGUUCUGAGGAUUCAGAUGAGUCAGUUGGCAAUGCUGCUGUAACCAGGAGAAUGAAGGAGCAGGGACGAGGUGGAAGUGGAGGAGGCCGGUUUUUUGGCCGCAGCAGGAGGUUUUCCCUGAACCACCCAACUACCUCUGUGUUCAGAGAGGUGUUGAAAAAUAGUCAGAGAGAUCUUGUCACAGAGCAGCCACUUCCUCAAGACAUCCAGAUGAACUGUGGGAGUGAGAGUGAACUGUGGGUCUGUGAGCUGGACACUCCGACCUCCUCCAAGGGUGGAUGUGGAGACCUGACAGGAAGAACCACUGAUGAUCUGACAGCACAGGCGCAAACUGUUAAAAUGCAGCCCCAACUCGAUGAUUCAGGAUUCCUCGGAACUACGUCUUGCACACCCGUGGGACGAAACGCCUCCUGGCUGCUGGAUAGCUCCUCUGAAAGAUCACCCAGCCCCCGCGACCUCUUGUCUCUGUCCAAGAGGAAGCUGGUGAUUCCUGGAGCUGAGGGGAUAGAACUGGGGCGAAGGAAGAGGCAGUGUGUGAUUAAUAUGGAGGAUGAAGAGGCAGGAGACACCGUCAUGUGACACGGAGACAUGACGGUGAAUUUGUAAAAAAAAAAAAAAA